AUGGCGGCCUCGCUCAGCGUACCGGCCGUGAUUCAAGGCAUGGCCGAUGCCUUGCCAACCCACCACCCAGAAGACCAUGGCUCGGACGUAGCGAGCUCGUACGAAGCGAUUGCCCUGCUGGUCCAUUCCUACCUUACCGCCUUGUCCUUUAGGCUCUGCGGCUUCACCGAGGACAAGCCCAUCCCCGAAUGUGAGGCCUUGGCUCCGAGACUUCCCCUUCGGUGGAACGCGGGGUUCGGCUCUCUCAGCUUCGUCUAUAAGCACAAGCAGUCAUCCAUGCAAUUUCUCAUCAAGGUGGAUCGCAUGGGAAGCAAGGUGGAAAUUCGGGGCCUAGCCAUCGGACACGAGAAGAUUCAUCGUUUGGAAAGAACGGUCCGCGAUGUUGUCCAGUCGAGUAAUCUACCUGUUCGCAUAACCAUGAAGGACGGGCGGGAAGAUCGUACGGAUCUGGCAGAGAAACUGUCCAAAGUCUUUGUAUCGGAAGAGGCAGUGGCUGGCAUCCUGGAAGACUUAAAGGUCAAAGUCGUGCAAAAGCUUAUCCCGAAACUCCAGGUGGCCGGUUACGAGGAGACUGCAGACGCCGAGGAAAUUGCGCGUGAAGAGCGUCGGGCACAUGAAGCGCGAGCCCUCAACCGUCCGUUUAUAGGCGAGCCUCACCCAUCCCUGACGCCGUUCAACCCUGAACCUCUGCCGCAAUCCGCUCGUCCCAGACCCCAUGUUCCCACGCCGGAUUUUCCUCCCCCCCGAUUCGAGGACGAGUACGAAAUCGAGCGGCUUCGAGACCGACAACUGUCGGUUCCAGGUCGACAUCCGUACAAUAUUGGACACGACGACCUGAACCCCCCCUCCCUCGGGCCUUAUGAUCCUCUUCGACCCUCCCUGACAGGAGGGGGACUGCCUCUCCCUGGUGGCCCGUCAGGCAUGCAUCCAACCUUUGAUGAUCCGCUCUUCGGCUUGCAUGGCGACAGCAGGAGAAGCAGCACGGGCGGGGCCUUUGACCCUCAAGUCCCCCCCGGAGCCCGGUGGGAUCCUCUCGGUCCUGGCGGCGACCCUAGAUUUCCCGGCCGCGGAAGCGGAGGAGGCCCAUCCGGCGGACCCGGCAGUGGCGGCGGAUUCGGCAGUUUCGGCGGCGGUUUUGGCCGAGGCCUUUAUUAA